AUGAAACUUAUUCCUUAUGAUCAGUGCCAAUAUUGUAGGGCAUCUUCAUCGUUAGUUCUGACGAUGUUUCAAGCUCAGGGAUUCGCGAAUCUGUUGUUUCUGAUUUAUUGGGAUCGACAAAACGUCGCCGAAGCAAUACGUCGAUCACUAAACUCAUCGUCAACUGGCAUUGGUGUGCUCAGAAGACGUAACACACUGAACAAUAUUCAAGUGGCAUCGAUGCUGUGUGGAUGUAUAUUGAGUUUACUGUUGGUAUGCUUUACUGUCGUUCAAUUGUUCACGAUUCACUCAUCGGCAUCAGUAGAUCAACAUCAGCAAUCCGAACACCACUAUCAGCAGAUAUAUUUGAAAUGGGCACGGCUUUGUGUUUUUGUGUAUUUAUCGAUAUCGUUCCCGGCUGCAUACGCUCAAAUUGCAACAUUCACGGGUAUCAUAUCGGCUGAGUAUAAAUCGCUGAAUGAUGACUUCAUGGAGGACGUUAACACCUAUCAACUGCCAGUCGCAAAACAUUACGUUUCAGCACACUGGAAACUCGGCAAUACCUUCAAUCUUUACCAGAGAUCCCUGAGUUUAUGGAUGAGUGUUCAUCUGAUGACAUCGUUUGCAUCAUUAGCAUUCAUAUGGAUAUCCGUGCCAUCAGUUCGCAGCAUUUUGCAACAAUUUGAAAGCUCAAUCGAAAUUCAACGAGUAUUUGAGUUGACAUUCGGAUUUGUGCUCUUAUUAUUAACGAUUCUGACGAUAAUCGCUCUAGUGAUAGUGUCGUUGCUCGUUCGAUUUCAUUCAACUAGGAUGCGACAUUCAAUGAUUGCAUUGAUUGCAAGUGAUCGAAUACUUCACGAACAGACGUAUUCGUUGGCAAUUGCAUACAUCAAUCAUCUACACAGACGUGGGUUGGGUAUAAUGUUCUUCGAAAUUGCAUUGAUUGACAGACAUUUCAUAAUUAAGGUACGUGAAUUGUGUUACUGCCCAGUCAUUGGGAGGCAACGUUAUUGGAGACAUAAUCUGUUGUCACGAUCAGCCAUUCUGAAUUGGCACAAUGCAGGCAUUCACAAGUUGUGGUUUGUCUGUAGAAGAAUCACUUCUUUGAUAAAUGAAGCAGCUUCUGAAUGA